AUGUUCGUUUAUCAGUGCACCCGACUUCCUCUUUGCGAAGCCAAUAUUCUUGUUACAACCUUCGCAUCUAUUGCUUUUCCAUUGCUCAUCGUUUUAGAUGGAAGUCAAGCAAAUCUCAAAUCCAUAAAUUCUGGUUUCUUCCCUAUCGGUCGGUUCGUUGAUAGCCUUCCCAACAAUACCUCACACACUACACAAUCCAAAGCUCGAAACCCACAAGUCACCACUAUGAGUUCCACUACAUUACCCGAUCUCCUCUCCUCUCCAAACCUACCCAACAUCACAACCCUCGUCAUCUAUACCCCCCUCAUCUACCUCCUCAUCAUCCUCCUCCCCAUUCUUCUCAAUCCCCAAAACCCAAACCUCCCCCCAGGCCCAUGGUACACACGUUUCACAAACCUAGUCCUAAAAUACCACGAAUGGAAUGGUAAUCGACGAAUAUACAUCCAUGAUCUGCACAAGAGCUAUGGAGAAAGCAUUCGAAUCGGUGUAAAAGAAUUUGCUUUUUGCGGGGUUGAAGGAGUGAAAGGGGUUUAUGGAAAUGAGGGAGGAGAGCUGGAUAAAACGGGAUUUUAUGGACUUUUUAGACAAUUGGGGGUUAGGACUACCUUUUCUACUGAGAGGAGGUUGGAGCAUAAAGAAAAGAAGAAGAAUAUCGCAAAACCAUAUCGGAAUUCUGAGAUCAUCAAACCAGCUAUCAUGGAUGGAAUUGAAGAAAGAAGUCAAGCAUUUCUUCGAAAGGUUGAGGACUCAGAAAAUGGAGUUCUUGAUUUUUAUAGAUAUGCACACUGUUUCGCACUAGAUUGCGCAAGUCACUUUCUACUCGGAACAGCGGGAACCAAAUCUAUCGAAGAGAAAGCUGGUAUGGAAAUAAUGGAAGAGAUGACGUAUCACUCAAGUCUCAGAAGUAAGCUUCUCCCCUUCCACUUCUAUUCAAUACUCCCUCUAUACUUCCCUCAAAGUACUCUCUCGACUUUCCAAUCUCACACCCUCACAGACCAACUUCUAACCCUCUACCUCCAACCCCUCUCCACAUUUUUCCUCUCUCUCUUCCCCCAACGCUCCACCCCUUUAACAAAUACAUACAUCCUCACCUCUUGCCUCCACCCAACCCAAGAACCACACACUCUCCUCCACGCCCUCCAGCACGCUUCUCCCUCCCUAUCAGAAACCCAAAUCGCAGCCGAGAUACUCGACCAUCUAGCUGCUGGUCUCGACACGACCGGCGCCUCUCUCACCUACCUCCUCCACACGCUCUCCCUCCCUUCCAAUCUCCCUAUCCAAGAAAAACUCCACCUCUCCCUUACCUCCCCUCCCAAGAACACCACCCAAUCCGAAACCCCCUACCUCAACGCCCUCAUAACCGAAACUCUCCGUCUCCACCCCCCCAUCCCCAUGUCCCAACCCCGUCUCACAUCACCAUCACCCUCCAAACCCAGAAUCAUCGCCCAAUAUCUCAUCCCCCCAAACUCAACCGUAAGUAUCCAAGCCUGGAGUCUCCAUCGCAAUCCCGCGAUCUUCGGGAAUGAUGCCGAGAUGUUCUGUCCAGAACGAUGGCUUGGGAAUGAAGAGAGAGUGAGAGAGAUGGAGAGGGGGUUUUUGGCUUUUGGGAGGGGGGGGAGAGCGUGUACGGGGAGGGAUCUAGCGCUAGCAGAGAUGCGUCAUCUGAUACAGAGAAUCUACACGAAAUAUAGAACGAAGACAAAAGAAGGAUAUGAAGCAGAUAUGGAGAUGGAAGAUCAGAUUAUAUCUAGUAGGCCGAGAGGUCAGGAGUGUAAGUUGAUCUUUGAGAGGAGAUAG